AAGCAGCCCAAUCGAGAGAUGCUUCUGCGACAGCCAUAACGAGUCCAUCGCCAAGGCGGAGAACGGGGGAAUGGCGGCGGAGUCCGGAGGAGGAGGAUCACAGUCCUUAGACUCAGGCCCUGACUUGAAGAACGCUUCGUCGAAGGCGAAGGGCGGCGGCUGCAAGGCGGAUAGGAUGGAGGUGGAUAAGGAGGGCGCCUUCUUCCUUGGCCAACCGACCUUCUUCGACUUUGGAGGAGGGAGGCUCCGUUGCCUGGAGACUGGGCACGAGCUUCGCGCCAACGAAAAGGACGCCUAUAGCCGCACCAAGGCUUGCCGGCUCGGACUCAUUGACGCAGCGGUGGCCAAGAAGAGGCCGCCUCUCGGCGCUUUUCAACUCCACCCGACUUCGAGGUCACUGUUGGUGUGCAAGCUGACCGGAGAUACAGUGAACAAGACCGAGGAACACAUCUGGAAACACGUCACUGGAAAGAAAUUCCUCCACAAGUUAGAACAAAAAGAAAUGGAGAAGCAUGCUUCUGCAGAAGGGGAGAAAGAUGCAAAACAACAGAAAAAACAACAAAAUAUGAACAUUUCUUGCAAACAAGGGCGACAGACAGAUGAGAAGAAUAAUAAAUCACUUAACAAACACACAAAGGCAGAGAGUAUGGUUAUAGAGGAGCCUAAUUUGUCGGCCCCUCAUAUUGGAAGUCAUUUGGGUUUUGACGAUGGAAAAGAUUGCUGGGAUUUGCUUGCAAAUUCAAAUGAUGAAGGAGAUGGUGUUAGUGAACUAGAUGGGCCAUUCAAAAAUGAUGAUCCAGAUGCUACUGAGCUAUCCAUACGGUAUUUGUCUCUUCUGAUCCUUAAAAUUUGGUUAUGGUAUUUUUUUUCCUUGCCUGUGGAACACAUUCCUUUGCAGGACCAAACGAAUGUCAAUAGCUGUUGGGCCAAGCAGCUUUGCUUCGAGGAAAAAGAAAAUUAAGAAAGGCAGCUAAACACGAGAUGAGCCACUCAAUACAUUUUGCAUGUCUGGUUCUCCAUCUUCUAAAUUAAUAUAUCCAAAGGGAAUGAUAGAGGUGUCAAAUGGUUCACUGGGUUGCUCUCAAACAUGCCUUGCUAUGGGAUUCAUAUGGACUCGGAGGUUAUUAUUUGCUUUAUUCUUUUUUGUUUUGGUCUCAUGUUUUUUCAAUUUGUACUUAAUUUUGCUUGUUUUUCUGUGUCCAUAAAUUGUUUAGCAUGGUCUUUAAACAUCUCAAGUUCAUAUGAAAAUAAAUUGUUUUUUUAAUUUA